GAUUUUCUAUGUUUCUCAACAAUCCCGACUGAAAUUGCUGAUACCGGCGGAGCUCGAGCGUCAAGGUGGGUACUAUGGAAAACUUGAGUCAAGAUUAGAAGAUUGGAAUCCGAUGGAGACAUCUUAUCACAGGUUCCACCGGAGCAAUGCAAUGCACUUGUAGCUUGAACCGAGCAAUGGGAAAUGAUAUUUAAUCCAUGAUGAACAAUGCGAGUAUGACGCUCGUUCCCACUUCGUUCCCUAUUUUCACGACACACUCUUCUCAUUGCCCACUACCACACCCAACAACAAACCAAACAUUGCAAGAAUGGGCAUUGCCGAUGACAUCAACACCAUCGCACGCUUCAUAGCCUGCGAAGACAUCCCCGGCCUGCAAUCAAUCAACCCAGUCGACUGCAUCAUCCUCUGCGUCUCCUCCGUUCUCCACAGCCCUGAGACCGUAUUCAACAUCAUCCAAGCCCGCCCCUCAAUCACAAAAACCCUAGUCCUCUGCGGCGGCAUCGGCCACUCCACAGAGCCCAUCUACGACGCCGUUGCACGACACCCGCGCUUCAGGGAUAUCGCAGCAGACGUCGGGGGCCUGCCAGAAGCACAAGUCCUGCACGUGAUCUUCGAACGUUUCUAUGCUUCGCAGUUUGCAGAGGAUGACCCGGCUCCAACGAUCUUGCUGGAAGACCGCUCGAUCACCUGCGCGACCAAUGCUACCGAGGCGAGGAAAUUGCUCGAGGCGAACGGGUUGGGUGAAAUCGAAUCUAUGGUGAUUGUACAGGAUCCGACGAUGGUUCGCCGCACGGUGGAAUGCUUCAAGAAGGCGUAUGAGGGUGCGGCGCAUGUCCCGAGAUUCGAGGGGUGUCCGGUGUUUGUACCAGUCGUGGGUUCGGGUGCGGGAGGUGGGUUGGAGUUCAGUGCGCCGGUGGUUGCGAAGGAGGAUAUGUGGCCGAUGGAGAGGUACUUGGAGUUGGUUAUGGGGGAGAUUCCGAGGAUGAGAGAUGAUGGGAAUGGGUAUGGGCCGAAGGGGAAGGGGGUUAUUCCUCAUGUUGAUAUUCCUGUAGAAGUGGAGAAGGCGUACGGCAGGCUGUGCGAUGCUAUUCCCAACCGUAGAUAUAAGUCAAUCUAG